AUGAGCAUCGGCUCUCGGCUCCGCGUGCUCGCCUGUCCUAUUGACUUUGUCCCAACUGAUCCUAGCCUUGUACGUAACGCCUGGUAGGCGGGAUGCUGAUCCAUGGCUUGGUUGAUUGUGCCGGUCGAGGACCAACUUUCAAGCACCAAUAUGGUCAUCUUCCCACCGGCUCGGCCGAUCACCCUUGUCUUCUCAAAGGCAGAACUGUGGUUCAACUGUCGUAUCCGGCCAUAGAUCAAAGACAACUUGGUGUUCAUGUAAUCUUUUGCCAAUGUGUUUGCCUGUUUCGCCAUGCAUAUCGGUAUAUAUUCCAAAUGAUAGAGAAUAGGCGCGACACAGGUAAUUGCACAGAAGACGGGAAGGCGAUCGCUGGGACCAAUGGUUUAUUUCUCCGACGUUUCGAACUCUCACGCGAGCCCAUCGUCAAGGGAUGAAAAUACUGUACAACUCAUCGUAUAUUUAGUCACGUCUGCCGGUGAUGACCUCUAGCUGCGGUGGUGAUUCGUUUACGUACUUUUUGACAAGCGAUUGUCACGCUUCCUGCAGCAGGCGCGCAACUCGGUCGUCUGACUGCCCCAGUCCUCUCACGCCUCCGAAGUCAGAAGGCAUGCCCUGGCGAGGAGGCGUGGGCGGCUACCAAGGAGAGUUUAUCCCUCCGUCUCACAGCCAAUUCAUGCUCGUGCAAUCUCGUGCGAACCUGUUUGCGGGUUUCACCAACAUAACUGGCCUGACAGCACUUGCAGUCUAUCCGGUAAAUGACCCUCCAUUUCUGGGGAUCGGGUCCUUGGGGUACAUGAAUUGCCGGCGGAUUGUUGCUUCAGGUCUGUGAGCGACGCCGAUCGCAAAUUCGCUCACCAGUCUGGCGAAUUCUUCUGACAAACGACCUAUGUACAGAACUGCACGCCAGCACUUCGGUUUCGGCUGCCCCCUCGGUUUUUCUCCCUCGGGUUUCUUGCCUGCACUUUUCGACGAAAUUCCCGGGGUAGCCGUUCAUGGUGAAGAGUUUUCUCAGGAAUUGAACGUCGGCCUUCUUGUCGGCUGGCGCGGUGCAAUGGAUUUUUACAUGCCGGUAGAAUGUUCUUAUGCAGCUACGUUUGUGCGAAAGGGAAUGACUGUUGAGAAAACUCAGAAUACGAGAGGUAUUCGUCGCCUUCCGGUAAACCGUGUUCAAGCAAUAGUCCAGUAGCUCCAUUAUGUGCUUCUUUUUCGGAGGCCUUUUCUCUUCAUCGUACCUUCUCUCCAGUAGGUCACUUAUGACCUUCGUGGCAAAUUCUUUAGGGAUGGAAUUGAAAAGAGAGACAACAUCGAAGGACAGCAUUAUUUCGUCGGGGGCUAUUUUGACGCCUCUGAGUCUUUCCGGAAGUGUGUUGGGGAUACAGCUGUGUGUUCUGAGUCCUCCGUCAGCUACUUCAGAUGUUUGGUAAGUCAUUUAGUUAGAGCGUAGGUGGGUGUGCCUUUUAGCGCCGCAAUUGGCCGCAAGGAAACCUUUGUUUUGUGGAUCUUUGACAGUCCGUAAAAGCGUGCUAUGGCAGCAUCUUGUGGUUUCAUCUGUCGCCAAUCGUUCUUAGAUAUUGGCCACGAAGGUCAUAAGUGACCUACUGGAGAGAAGGUACGAUGAAGAGGAAACAAUUCUGAAAAAGAAGCACAUAAUGGAGCUACUGGACUACUGUUUGAGCAUCUACUUCACCUUUAAUGAUCAUGUGUACGAGCAAAUCCAGGGAACCCCGAUGGGAACACCAAGCUCCAGCUACCUAGCUGAGGCGGUUCUGCAAGGACUGGAAACACGGGUCUUUCAGCCCUACAUACCAAAAUUCUGGAUGUGCUACGUGGAUGACACCUUUGUUUUCCUACGUCGAGACGCGAGAGAGACCUUCAAAAGGAAAUUGAACUCAAUUUUCUCCCAAAUUCAGUUCCCAAUGGAGGAAGAAAGGACGGAGAAAUCCCCCUUCUGGAUGUCCAGGUGUCGAGACAGGAAGACGGAACCCUCCAGACUGGUGUCUUUCGAAAGUCGACAAAAACGGCGAAAAUCCUCCGUUACAGCAGUAACUAUUCCUUGUCGCAUAAACGCAGUUGCGUGCGGACACUCUUCCUACGUAUCAACACACGCUGCAGCACAGAAGCUGGAACGCUGCGAGAGCGUAAGUCCCUAUGGAGUCUCUUUCUCUCCAAUGGGUACCCAUGUAGCCUCAUAAACAAAUGCCUGUAUCAAAGGCUCACGAGGUCCGACGGUGGACAAAAACAAAAACCUGAAAUCUUCUGUGCUUUGUCCUACGUGAGUGACGUUUCCGAAGCCACUGAACGCAUGCUCAGACCAUUCAACGUGGGCCUUGAACAUCGGCCGGAGGUCACUAUCCGCCGCUUGCUCAUGCAACCCAAAGGGCGGCUACCACCUGAGGACACGUCAGGAAGUGUUUACCACGUCAACUGUCUAGACAAACGAUUAAGGUCGCGCAUGCAUGGGCAUGCUCUAGCUGUAAAGCGAAAAGAUGUACGAUCACAUGUUGCUAUGCAUAGCCUCGAAAAUAACAAUCAGUUCGGCUUCGACAAGGCAGAAGUAGUCGGUCGAGCUGAAAGCAAAAUGGCGGGAAAGAUAAUCGAAGCCUGACAAUCCAACACCAACUCAAUCAACGUAGGAUCGACCUACCGGCGCCAUACGAGGCUAUCAGACACUACUUAGGCAGCAAGGGAGGGCCAAUAGAAAGAGAGGACAAUGUACCAAUGGGUAGUGAGUAAGACCUAUUUAAGUCAUGUAUUUUCAUUGUUAAUUCAUCUCCGAUGAAAGACACAAGUAUGAGUGUGAAACUUCAGAUGAAUAAACCAUCCUCUUCUUCCAUCUUAACACCUGGGGCCAGCAUUUUCGCCUGCAUCCAUAUAUAGAUAUGUGAGAAGGAAAAGCGAUCACGGGAACCAUAGGCUUAAUAGCCUGACGUUCCAAAAGGCAACAAUCUUCCAUCGUCGGAGGCAGGUUUUGUGUGAUGCCUCACAGUAUUUAUGAGUACAUGGAGGAAAUGUCAUAGGCUGAAGGGUGGCCAAUCAGCAUAUAGGAGGCCUGAACACGCACCCGUGACCUGACCGUUUGCUUUUCACGUGCAUCUGGCCCAAUGUCUAAACAGUGCUGACAGCAUAUAGUGUAGCCCUCAGCCCUGAAGUGGACUGUAUCGGAAAGGGGGAGGAAACGGUAAAGGCAAUAAUUAAUAGUUGACAAAUGCUCCAAUGAAUUUCGUCCUGAAAAAGUUGGGCGGGUUUGUGGACUCGGGUCGAUCGCCUCGAGGCGAAACCUCCAUCCCAUAUGCCACCUUGUGAAGUCAGUGGUUCCUCGAUCCCUAAGUUAAUGGUGGUCGUGGUAGUAGGAAGAUGGGGUACAUAGACCUCAGUUGGCGGCGUGCUGUUCUGUGUAGGCAGUAGGUUUUCUGUUAAUGAUUCGGACUUCUCGAAUUUUUCCCUUUUUGAGUCGGUGCGGCUGCAGACUUAGACCAGAUGUCGGCACACAGUUCUCUCAUAUAACGCUAAUUCCCCUAUUUGUUCCUCUCUCCUUUCAACUACUGCUGGGCACCAGUUCUCUUCGCGUUCCAGUCACGUAUGGCCAUUUUCGUUUGAUGCGGAGGUUCGAGGUCGGGUGUGAACGUCACAUCGCGCCUGGACAGCAACCAUAGUCUCUCAGUAGGCAGGAUUAUGGUGCAUCCUCUGUUAGAGCUCGGUAAACAUUGCUAUGCUCGUCUGCAUCUGAGCGCAACUCCGGCGUGGUCGUUGAAGAGGCAAGACGGGCAACUACAAAUGAGCAUCACUCACAGUUCAGGACAUGAGUUCUACUGUGAAAUGGUCAGCAGGUGGUGAAAGUGUCCCCAUAGCUACACUUUACCUAAUUUUCCUUGCCAUGACCCCAGCUACUUGUGUUAUUAUGUCGUUGGCAGUAAAUAGUUUAUGCUACCUUUUCUGUUGGAGACUUAGGGCACAAAUGAAGGUGUCUUUGUAGUUAUUCCCAGAACUGUACUCCGGCUGCCCCUGGCUUAUGGGAUGCAUUCACAUUCGAGAGGGUGUUUGACUUCCAACUUCCGCUUUCAAACAUUCGAUCCUAGAUCCGGACUGUCGUGGCUGUAAACUUAUACACUGUCCUAUAGAUAUGUUUUCGGAUUUGGGCUUCUUGCGUUUUGUGGUUCAAUAAAAAAAACCAAAGCUACCUGAAGAUACAUCUGACGACCAGUCACAAUCGUUUGAGGAAAUUUCUCGUUCUAUGAACCGUGUACCCUCGUCCUUGCUCCGCCCCCUCCCCCAAUGGGCCAGAAAGGCACCUGCACGCUAAGCAGGUGGUGGGCAGGGUACUAACCAUGCUUUAAGGCUGCUGUUUUUGCAAAAUUAUCUUGAAUGACGCAUAAGCAUUGCAGUGUUUUGCACGUAAAACCAGAGCGGCUGGCAUGACCUUUGUUUUUAAAGUUCAAUGACAAGGAGGACCUGAAAAUUAAUUCCAGAAGCAGGAAAAAUGUCUCUUCAGGAGAAACAGGAGGAAGCGGUUGACUUUCAUGGAACACUGAGUGCCACGGUUAUAAGUGAUGCUUUUCAACAGUUAGCAAUGUUGCCAACUUUCCACCAGCUAAGCAGAAUAUUUAAAAAUUACAACAACGAAGAAGAAAGCAAGCAACCUGCUAUGACGCUUUCGGAAAAAAAUUGACAAACGGUAUUUAAACCCAUUGCAAGAGUUGCCAGUGAACAUACCCAGUGUGGCUUAAGACACAUUAGUGGAAACCUAAAUGCUUCCAUACAAGAGAUAUAUGUAAUUCCUCCGCCAAACAAGCCGAAACCUGCAAGUAGCACUUUUACCAGUACAUAAACUGGAUUUUCAGGAGGUCAAAAUAACCAACUCGAGAUAGUUCAAUGGAGACCCUGUUGGACGGCAUUACGUUCGGCUGGGAAGUUAACGCACGCAUCUGCUAUACACGUGAGCCGGGAACUCCACGUAAGUAUACUGGUGGCGAAUAUGACGACAUUUCGACCGUCGAUUUCGACGAUGUCCACCGUGUGCUCCACAGCAGCGUGGGAGCAGGGACGGUAAAAUGCGCGUGAAUUAGUUUAUAGUGAUAGUAGGCUUUCACAGCAUCUGCCGCACUCUCUCCUUCUCAGGCACCUUCCAAAAAUUUCCUUUGUUAUACUUUUAUCGGCAAAUAGAUAAAAACAUCGGAUUCAGUCUUGUGCUUUAACGUCACAUUUGUAUGUCAGCUGUCAACGCGCAUUCAAGCCGCCGGGUUGGACUCGUUGGACACCUCAUUACUGUGACGCCUCGUCGCCCCAAUAGGGCACCGGUGCGGGAGACAUAGAGGACAACCGCCAUCCCUCACAGCGUGGGCGGAUAAUCAGUGCCCGCAGCCCCAGCCAAGACAUUUCACAUAGGCCUCUCCAGCCCACACUGCGUCCGCAUCCUUCGCCGCCGUAUGGACCUAACGGAUCAAAUGCGCGUAUGCGGCAAAGAUCACUAAAGUAUCGCCCAUUGCCUAAGUUCACAUUUUCUUCACACAUUCCCAAACUGCAUGGACCCUACCGAUUACAUGCGCAAACUUCUCAACCAAUGCUCACUCACAAAAGAAUCCGCUGUUGGUCUUUGUCAGGGUCAGUAGUUAGGGAGGCGGACAGUUGUACCUGCUUGUGUGCAGGCGUGUGACGAACGAUAAACGGAGGCCCUUUGCCUGCUCAUCAUCUCCAUUGCAGCAGCGAGCUAGCUCAACGACUAGUCAACCUUCCAGUCGUUGAUGUCGUCGUCACCGCCGCCACUGAUGACAACGCCCCCGUGGAGGACAGAUGGUGUCAACUGCGGGACGCAGUCCAGUCGAUGGUCCUGGUCGUCCUCGGUCGCGCACGCCGCCAAAAUCAGGACUGGUUCGAUGACAACGACGACGCCAUCAUCGACCUGCUCGCCGAGAAGAACCGCCUGCACAAAGCCUACGUGGACCGCCCAACCGACGACAACGGAGCUGCUUUCAACCGUAGUCUUCACCUUGUACAACAGCGGCUGCGCGAGAUGCAGGACGCCUGGACGGCUCGCAAGGCCGAAGGGAUCCAAGGAUACGCGGACCGCAACGAAUGGAAGAAGUUCUUAUCCGCGAUCAAGGCUGUCUACGGUCUGCCAACCAACGGCCCUGCUUCUAUUAUCAGCGCUGACGGAAGUAUCCUACUCACCGAGAAGGCAAAAAUUCUACGACGAUGGGCCGAGCACCUAACGAUAAUCCCACUAUUUGUCCCUCACUUCUUUCAACUACCACUGGACACCAGUUCUCUUCGCGUUCCAAUCAUAUACGGAAGUUUUCGUCAGGCGCGAAGUUUCGAGGUUGGGGGUACACGGUACAUUGCGUCUUUGUCUGUUUUUCGACAACUUUAUCCUGCGUUUAAUAAUUAAGCAGACCGAGUCGUGUGUGCAACUGCCGCUUGAACAUAAAUUUUGCAGGCGAUGAACCGGUUGAGUCAUUUGGUAUUAUGCAGCAGCUUAGCAAAAAGCGUGACAACUUUUUGAGUAGGUCUACCUGCGUCUGGUUAGCUAAUCCGUGCCUUAUUGGAUGAACUGCUUGCUCCGGGAGGACAUUUGAAACUGCAUGGUAUGAAGCGGUGGUCAAGCGCUUAUCUCCAAUUUUCGCCACAAAUUCUUUAAAUUCUGAACCAGUGAAGGCCGGACCAUUGUCUAAAACGACCCUUUCAAGUAUUCCAAAGGUGUAAAAAACGAAUCUUAACUUGCUGAUUGUACUCAUCGAAGAACAGGAAGUUCAGGCAGGGAUAGUCUCAAUUCAUUUUUUGUGAUUGUCAAUUGCCAUCAAACCUCCUGGCUAUGGGAUGGUCUAAAAUAAUCUAUGCCCUCUUCCACAACGAGUCGGACCAGACCCACGCCUUCAGGGGCAAAGUCUUCUGUGGUAUUUGACACACGGAUAAGCUUUUGCCAUUUCAUCGAUAUCUGUGUCAAUUCAUUCUACUAAAAAUGGCUGUGGGUGAGAGUUUUCAUGCUAAUUGUAGCAUGAUGAGCAUUAUGCAGGUCUCUGAGGAUAGUCUGUCGACCUUGUGGUGGCACAACUACACGAUUGCCUACAGCACGCACCCGUCUUGUAGACUCGGUCCGUUCUGACGACUGUAGAAUGGCUGAAAAUCAAGAGAGACAGAGGAUAGCCAGCCAAAUCGCAGUGACCUUUUUGUUCGAAUUAAAUGAGGAUCUCACAAUGCCUGUUGUCCCAUUUGUUGGCAGUUUACGGGUCGUUGACUAAGUUCUGCGAGAGAUUCGCGACCUCGAAAGCAGAUGACCUGCUAGCAACAUCGUCUAUAAUGGGAAGCCUACUGAAGGCAUCAGCCACUGUUUGCACUACUCUUAGCGUAUUUCUUUGCGUACAUGUAAGCGGAAAGAGUAAAUGCCCACCUCUGUGUUUUCGACGAGGACAUUUGUUGCAUCCCACGUUUUUCACCUAAGAGAAGUUUGUGAUCAACGUGAAUCUCGAAUAAUCGACCAUAAAGAUGCAGGUGGAAGCGUUGUAGGCCAAGCAUUAUUGCUAAGGCCUCUUUGUCUAGUUGCGAAUCGUUGGUUUCCGCCUGGGGCAUAAUUCAAGAUGCUAAGACAAUCGACAUUUCAGCACCAACAUGUAUUCGAUGCAUCGGUGAAUCGAACCCACGUCGUACGAGGAUACAUCGCAUCUUAAUAUGAUAGGUUUUUCGCGGUCACAAUGAAUCAGGACAGAUGGGGAGCAAAGAGCCCUUUUGGCUUGUUCAAAAACAUUUCGUUCGACCUCCGGCCUGUGUCGGCUACUAGGUUUUCAAGUAGACGAUAAAGGGUCUUCGCAAAUUUAUCUGCAGACGUUUUUUUCCAGUUAAAGACUACGGCUCGUGCGCUGUUUGUUGGGUCUCCGCGCAGUGCCAGCUUCUUAAAGUAUCAAUGAAAACACUUUACCAUUUCAAAGAACUAUCUUACAACCCAAACACGCUACUCAAUGAAGAGAUGGAAUAGUGUCGAACAAUCAACACCUUGGAGUUUUUGAUACCUUUAGUGAGGCGAUGAAGUGAAUCAAUGCCCUGUCCUGCUACUGUGCCUCUAUUAAAGAGGAUUAAUGACAGUUGUUUGUACUUUAGGUCCUCAUUGGAUUAUUUAAUUCGAAGUCAUCCGCAGACUUGCUCAGAAUCUAAUGUUGACUAAGAUAACCAGAAGAUUCUUGUCUACUUAGAGGAUCUUAGAUUUGCAUUAAAUAGAUAAAAAAAUUCUCAUGAUAGAGAAGUUUUUUAAGCCUUCAGCCACCAAUCAUUGUGCAACUUCAGCAUAACUUAAACGAACUUCAUUGAUUCAACAAAUAGCUCAUUAUAAAUAUCUUGGCAGACUUAGUCCGCCUGAGAAGUCCUAAUUUUAAAUAACGCAGUUAAGGUGUCUUUAACCAUGAAGGAAAAUAUUCCAGCGAUCCAUAUUUCCAAGGAACAAUACCGGAAAGAGAGUUGAUGAGAAAGACACGGACGUGGCAAUUUCGAAGAGCAGUUGCAAUAAGGGGGAUGCGACUGUUACUGACAGUGUGAAUACAAAAGCGUAAGUAUAUUGUAUCUGUAGGUUGAUCUGGUUUCUGUUCAACUUACGCUUAAUUUUAUGUCAACAUAUUUUUAGAUAAAUAAUCAGGAAUGACCUAUCUUAUAAGGGAAGUCCAAGUAGUUACUCCUGGCGACAGUUGUUACAAGAAUUGCGAAACAUAGUAUGCGGGGUACAGUUGAUUCUUUUGAGACCUCAUACCUUUAUGCUGUAAUCCGGACGAAUUUCAAAUACUGUCCGCUUUUUAUCCCUCUCCGACUUUCAAAGUACGAAGUUGAAAAAUGCCCCACGGCUCUCCGUAAACGCAAACAUCCAGAAUAAGGAUGAUUGGUCUGUCCAGAUCCAAUGAUGCAAAGUUGCGGCCCAGCUAGCGGAACCUCACCAACUGUGAAAGUCAUAGCCGUCAAUACGCAGAUUCAGCGGAAAAAAGGUCCACCCCUGGACGUCAUCUUAUAAGGAAAGAUGCAGAUUUUUAAAAUCGGUUAUCUUGUAACACAUAAAAUUAUGCGACAUAAGUGCAGUGCGGUACUUUGGCCGCAUUAUUUGACGAAAAUACUGGGUGUGCUGACAGUGAGCGUGAUAAUUCGACCCCAAGACGCGGUGGGCGCGGGAUGGUGACCUCCAUGUAAAUUAAUUUACAUGAUACCAGACCUGCGAAGUAUCUAGCGCACUCUUCCCUUCCCCACCCACCUGUGCCCGAUGGCAGUGCAGAUUUAGGACGGCCUGACGUUGACUCGGACGCAGUGGUUGAUCGAGUUGAAAGGCAAGCUUACGCGUGCCUCACACGACCUGGCGCCUGCGCAGUGCGUCAGGUUUUCACAAAAAAUGCGGGCGGCUCGGAGCUCACAGGCGUUGGAAUGUCAUAGAAGCCACAUUCAGAAGGAGCCACUGAACCUGACCGUCAGUCCCCGAGCCGGUCAGCCCACACAAAUGCACAGUACUGACUGCGAGGACAAAGUUGUCUUGUCAGUUUGCAACCCUUCAAGUCACGUUUUUUGAUGGCGUCGUAAUAGAUUGACGUAGGUCGGAUUUAUUAUGAUUGUGAAUGCACUAAAGUGUCUUGGGUGAAUUCUCCAGAUUCGAUCUCACCCUGUCUUCGCUCUCCCAUGCACAAUUUCACUGCUCAUGCCUCUAUUGUCGUUUACGACGUCAGGAAACGCCUAAAUAGAAUAGAAUAGGUUUAUUGUAGCGCCCCUUGGGCACUGUCAGUCCCCUUUGAACUCAGGAAAAAAACCUAAAACAAACUCGUCAAUUUCAACUGCACUUUGACUUCAUUUGCAUAUACAGCCAUCAACUAGGAGGAAUUGGCACGAGGGGGAACAGUUCCUGACAUUCUGGUAAGCAAGGACACCACCAAAAACGACAGCCAUAAGUGAGUUUAUCACUGUUCUGUUAAUGGGCGACCGAUCUACGGGGAAAUGGAAGAAGAAGUGCUUUCCCACUGGUUGAGCAACAGACCCAGGCUUUUCGUAUGGACGAGUAAAUACGUAUGCUAAAUGUCCCAUCAAUAUCCCCACACCGAUCAGGUAAUAUGCUUAUUGCAUCAGCUGGUCUACAUGACACCUGGAGCCGGGGGCUACUCUGAGAUCUCGUUCCACACAACUUUUUAUGUUCAUUGCCUCAGUCCUAAUCGGAGACCUACGCAGUGUGUUCACCUCCAACUGCAGAAUGGUCAGCGUUCCAGAAGACCGUAACAAGGUUUUAGCCGAUCCAGUUUCGGAAGAAAGAUCUCGGGGGUCGGAGGCAAACUAUCGUCUUGCUGGUCUCGUCAUUAUCGUCUUAAAGACAAUGGGGAGGACUUUAAAGAAGAUACAUAAAAUACACAACGUUUACCUGCCUAAAAGUAAUUAUCUCAAUGUCUGCCAUCAAGUUUCACGAGUAAGGUCACAUACUUCACUCUUUCCUGGAAAAGCAUCAUAGUUUUCACUCCUAAUUGAGCAUGAAUUUGUUAGCCUGAGGUCCUCUUUCAUGAACAGCCUAAUUACAUUGCAAAUACUUUAUCGAAGCCUGAUUAGCAUGAUUUUGUCGACAAUGUAUUCCUCGAGCUCGGUCAAUUUUUCGAGACGGAUAGUCAUCUGUCACCUGUAGAAAACUUUAAGUCCUAUGAUUUAACAAAUGGGAUAGUUGAUUGGGUUAGAGGACUUCCCCCAAUACGCCUUUGCAUUUGCACCUUAGGAAUAAGAAGGUCGGCUGAAUUUCCAGUCCACGGUAGGAUUAAUCUUUGUUCUGUGUUAUGCAUGUUGAAUUUCUUAAUCUAUGUGAACGGGCCGCCUGAGGUAGGUUAGGAUUGCUGCCUCUUGUACGCUGAGAACAGAAAACUGAUUGACUUAACAUAGGAUUUUGUUUCUCCCCAAGAAGAUUUCUAGCCUGCCAGGUAUCAUCAGGCAUUGUACAAAGUGCACAAGUGCCCCAAGGUCCUGAGAAUAGUCUGUAUGUGCAUAUAAAAUUUUGCCUAUACCAUCUCGCCAUAUGUCAGUUCUAACGCAUAUUUGGCGAAUGACAAGACUGCCGAAUGGAUGUCGACGAAAAAAGACUUAGGAGCAGCCGUGAAAGCACGCGAAAAGCUCUUUUUAUUGGAAGGUGAGUUUAAACACUCGUCGAAGAGGACAUAAUUGUGCUGGCAUAAUCUUUGCGCAGUCGCAUCACUAAUACUGCUCUAAGGCAACAUCUAAGUCUUGGCAAGAAUACACAGAGCUCGUUUGAUAAAUUCGGAGUCUCGAAAGGAUUAAAGUUCCUACCGAGGUUCAGAGAGGUCUGUGCGUAGAUGUCGUCGGGGAGCAAUAGAUAUUUUUUCGUAUUGGAUAGGUAUGUGCUGAUUCAUCCUUACAAAGGAACAUACCCUGCACCUCCACGAACACCCCUUUAAGUAAUUUGGUUUGUAUUUGUAUUCACGAACCAAGCUCAUAGCAUUCAAGCAGGGCUGUCAAACGACUGUAUGUGCUCAAUGUCAAAGUGGCGAAUUGAUUCACUGUGGAUGUGAUGACAGGUCAAAGUAUAGCCGGUCUGCUAAUACUUUUUAGUUUUCAAGAUGUCUCUAUCUACUGGCAGACACUGGAGCGCUUCGUUUCCAGUCCAGUAUAUAGCCUAGCAUGCACUUCAUGCUUAUAUUUUUGUACAGCUGUUAUAAAGAGAAAAUCAUUAUGGCAUUUAAAUGUCCGCUUUCCGCUUUCCCAAAUUGUUACAACUUGCAUUUUUACUUUUUACUUUCAUGGGAGAUUGAAAUUAAAUAAUUCGCCGCAAUAUUCACACUGAUCUACCUUAAAAUUUUCUCAUUUUUUUCUAAAGAAUUUGGAGUGUCUGUUUCAAACUUCGCCCUGUUUUCUUUCUGUCCUUUCUCUUUAGUUCUCUCCCACAACCUUUAAAUCGUUCCGACUCGUCCCGGUGCAAAACUUUUUCCGCGACAUUUUAUUGAUCUUCUGCCGCGUCUGCCAAUUGUUUACUUGUUUGUAUCCUCUUUCGCCCCACUUUGUUUGGGUUCAAAAGAACCGCUGAGUAAUCUGAAACCGUAUACGUUGCAACGCUGCACAUCUGUAGAACUUGAUUUUAUGCUUCUUUAGUGGAAAUUUUGCACGGAAUAUAGUCUGUCCGAGCGGUUGAUGGGAAGCUCAUUCGAAAGUCGGCCUCCUGGCAUGACUGGAAUAUCUUAACACCGUGCGGCCUAAUAGUUACUACAACCAUACUAAAAUAACCUUUCCAACUUAAAAACAUAUUUUAAAAUCUCAGUCAACAUUUCAUGGGAUAGCAUAUCUACUGUAUGCAGGCAUUUAAGGAUUACGGACGGUUGAGAUUAUAAAUGCAACUGCAUACAGUCAGUAUGCUUAUCGCAGUACUAUACGUUUAAUGCGAAAUGUGUCCGUCAACCUUAUAAAUAAAUAAGACUGACGGGAACAUUUCGCACCAAAUGUGUAGUACUGCGAUAAGCAUACAAUGAGAUCAGAGUCCGCGGUCGGUAGUGGAUAAUUCGGCAGUAAAUGUCGUUGGCUGCCCAAAUUGAACAGUUUAACUGCCCUUUAAACAAGGCUAUGGUAUCAAAAGUCGGUAUAUCGCUUGGGAGGGAGUUCCACAGUCGAACUACCGGUGACCGAGAGAAAACUUUCGUUGGUCUAGACGCGUAUGGUCACGUUUGACAGUGCACGGAUGACCGCACAGAUGACUCAUAUUUGCAAACACUAAGACUUUAAACUUAAGCAGUCAAUCACAUCGGCGAAUAAUACGGAUGGUCUAGAGGUGAUUGCACUUCAUUUGUCUAUAAGAUAGAGGAAAUCAGCUGAGUUUGAUCAGUUUUUCCGGAUAUGACAGAGCCCUAAGACUCUCCACCAGUUCUAUCGCCGGUCGUUGCACCUGCUCGAUUGGGUCACUGUCUUUCUUUAUUCGGGGCACCUAAUCCGGCAUUCCGCACUCUAAAUGCGGUCUAACGAAGGCAUCAGAGAUUCGAGCGGACAGUUCGGUAGGAAAGUCAAUGAAAGCAUCCUCAAUCCACUGCAUGAUUUUCGUUUCCUUUUGGACCGCUCUUUCGCUGUUUUUAGGUGACAAGUUGAAACUUGUGUAGACACCUAUGUCUUUGUGCGUAUCCACUUCUUUUAGUGGAAUCUCAUUUACAGUAUACUGCUAUAGUGGGAAAUGUCUCCGACCAGUUCUCAAGCAUAACAGCACACAUUUGGGCACAUUAAAAAUUAGAAACCACUUGGUGGACCCUGCAGCUAGUUUAUGAACUUUGUUGUAGUUUCUUCGCUUAUUCAACACAGCUUACUGUUCUCCAGGUUUAAAUAUCAUUCGCAAACAUGAUGGAGUUGUAGCCAACAAGUUCACUACAAUCGUGCACAUAGAUGAGAAUGCAGAGAGAACCCAGAAAGGAACAAAUGGCGUGCCGCUUCCUACUAAUAGCCAUUCGGAGGCCGUAUUGCCAGCAGUUGCUUUUGGAGCCUGAAUGGGGGAAAAAUCUAAUCAAUUGAGAAUCUUUCUUGGAUUCCACACGGCCACAUCUUUUGCGUUAUUAGGCGCCUUCUCGGAACCGAAAAAUUGGCAUCUAUUGGACAGCCCUGGUCCAUAGCUUUUGACCAAUUUUUCUACGAGUGCAGCCACUCAUAAAAUAUGAAUAACCAUUGCAAAAGCCGAGCUGAGCAGUAUAUAAUAGGUUCCUCUUCUCCAGACGCAGUACUAAAUGUUCUUAAUAUGUUGCUUCAUGACUUCGCACAAAAUGUAGGUUGAAUUGAUUCAACUGUAGUUUUUGUACUUCAGCUGGACUCUCCUUCGUAGGCAGUUUUCCAUAUCCUGACAGUUCGCCUUCUUCCAUGGACACUUGGAAUAUCAUUGGCGCCGGUUUGUACAGUAAGUCAGCCGAUUCCCAAAGAUCGUGUGGAUGAAUUCAGUCUGGAUUAGGUGAUUUAUCAAGCUUCAAUCGGAGCAGUGGGUUUCGACGAUAUCGGUGAGACUUGUAUUCACAGGUUGGAAGAAGCUCUCUCCGAGAUGUUUUUUUUCUGAAUGCCUUAGGUGAGCCAAAUUGCGGGAAUAUGAAAUGCUCGACGAUUGUAUGAUGUACUCACGAGCAUCCAUUGGCGGACAAACUUGAAGAUUCAGAAUUUCCUCUCAUGCUGAGGGGACACCUGAUCUAGGCGACUUAAAUGUUAACCUUCUGUGACACGUUUUGUGGGAGUUACAUUCUGGGAAAGUAGUUUUUCUGCGGCCAUUUCCAGUAAGUGAUUACCGAAUACAUCCAAAGGACCUUAAAUAAUCCAAGCCUGCCAGUCGAUAUUUUGAGCCUUAAAGUCCCCAACAAUAAGGACGUCCUCAUUCGGAGAGGUCUUGUUCAGUCCCCUCAGUGACGGCCAUUGCAUUGGACAAAGUAACUUGGAGACGGUAUGUAACUGCGAGCGCCAGUAGCCAGGCGUACUUAAAGAGAUAAUUUAAAAUCAAAAUUCCACUCCCGACGUAGUAAGAUGUUUCGAGGAAACUCAGAUUAAAUUACAGUUAACAUGAGCAAUGAUCCCUCCUCGGCUUUUUCUGUCUCCUCUAAACUGUUGGUGAUCUCUGAGGGAUAGGUUAUGUCCUGAAAUACUUUCAGAAAGCGAUGUUUCUGUCGAGGAGAGGACGCUUGGUGUGUGCUUGCGACAGAAAUCCCGAACUCCUUAAUUUGCUUUAACAGGUUAUCUGCAUUUGAGUUUACUACUGUUGGUGUUUGUACCCUCGGUCGAGACCAGCCCCGAUUGUGAAAGGCGUCGACCACAGCAACAGCAGACCGAUCUGCGUUAUUUUUUCCUUCCCGUAUUUUUAACCAUUUCCGCCCUCUUCUGUCCCAUUCGGCUCUGUCCAGAGUUCACUCAUUUUGCAUCUUUCCAUCGACUUGUUAUCCGGCCGAAUAAACACUUCUUUAUGCAAAAGACGAAGAACCAUUCUUCAUUCUAGGAGGCAAGAAACCUGAACUCCAUUUUUAAGAGUAAUUUUAAGUGGCCUUCGGAAUUACAGCCCACGCGGUGCACCAGAGAUUCCUACAUCCAAAGCUUUAUGCAUGGUAACGUAUUCUUCAUCCUGGAGAACAGCAUCCAGAUGUACCCCAAAGAGGUUGAGGUCGCUUUUGACUUUUUCCUUUGCUAUCGAUGAGCUGAACUUAGAAGCCUCCUUUAUAACUGCCGCGUUUCCAGUCGUAACGUCUACUUGGUACUUUGAUGCUUUGCUUUGUUGAUAGGGCUCCGACACCAGAUAUAAGUAUAUUCUGAUCAAUCGUGCUUUUUGCGUUAGUGUGAACGCCACUUACUAAAGUUACUUUUGAACCCCUUUUGCGGCCUUCGUCAAUUUGUCCUCCGGUGUCUCCUGCAUUACUGGCAUAGGAAUCCGUUAGGAAGUCUGUCGGGAAGAAAGGACUUUGCUGCGGGUUGGCCCUCAUUUUUUGCAAACUCCGAAAACUUUUUCAACAUCUUCCUCUCAUCUCUUCAAAUUCGGCGCGAUUUUUGACAAUGGCAUUUAGUGAAGAAUCCAGCAACUAUACAGGAUUUGGCUGUUUACGCAAAACGAGUUAGACAGAUGUUUUAGUCGGAGUAGGUCACCUGAAAAGUUUUUGUUGUCUCCACAUUCUAAUCGUUAUAAGACGCUUUGAUCGCUUUUGGGAGAACACCUGUCUACAGCGUCAAUGAUGAGCGUAGAACUAAAGAACUAUUUGUUCCGAACCAUGAGCUGUACGUUGUCACAAAGUUCACACCAGAACCUAUUAACUCACUGUUCUGUUCUCAUGGGUACCUCGGCAUCGUCUUUACAAGUAAAUUUAUCCAUUUUUUCAACCUCCUGAACCAUACGCGUUCUUUUAACAAUUUCAUUCUACUUUUGUUUUGCCAUGAUCGUCGCGCGUCGUUUUCAGUCGACUUCGGCACAUUUUAUUCUACUUCACAAAUGUGUGCCUCUUCUCUUUGGGUUCCCACCUUUGCUUACCACCCUCUUUAUGAUUUCUAAAGAACGUCCCGCAUUUCAUUAUGCCUUCAUACACUUACUCAUUCUAGUCAGGAGUCCAAAAAAUAUUCAGGAGGCUUCUGUCCGACGAUAAACUGUACGUUUUAACCCCGAUUGAUUUAAGUAGUCGUAUUUCGCUCCGCUGCCUGCUGCGUCCUGCUUUGAAUGGCCUCAACACAUUUACUUAUCUCUGACGUAAGUUGCCCUAGUGUGUAUUUGCCAGCCUAUCUACAUGUGAACUGUUGGAUUUAAGACUUUUCGUUUACAUCCCGUAUAACCUUCAGGUUGUUUAGACACGCCAACAUUUGGUUACGGUAAUCAGCGCUGAUUUAUAAUUAUCGAAAAUUUCAGGCAGGUUUAUAAAUAUUCACAAGCGUUAGAAAAAAGCCAUUUUUGAUUUAUAAGACGAUUAGAAGAAUUUUGAAGGCAUAAACCGCAUUUGGCAUGCGUUUUAAGUAUUGACGUAUGAGAAAAAUGUCACUGGGCACAUCCAAAUAAAUUGCUAGGUUUAUUUGCUGUGCAUAUACGCACGAGUAUCCGCGACAAAAAUUCCUUUAUGAGGGCGAAAUACCGCUGCGUUUAUGCCACCUAGAAAUUUUUAGGGUAAUGCCGUUUGAUAUACGAGAGAAGAGUCUUUUCGAUAGGUUUGCUAACUUGUGCUUAACUUUUCUAUCUACCUGACGUUGUUUGCUAGCAAACCACUAUAGUAGCAAACUACUUCAAGUAGAUAUCUAGUAGAUAUCGAUUUAUCUAGAUAGGUUUGUUGAUUAAAUCUCUAUUUAGUCCGCAAUAUUGACAUCUAAAGGUUAUUAACAUGUUGGAAUACGCCACAGGAGACGAAAAUGGGACCAGAGGGGGUUGGUGCUGGCAGGGCAUACAGUAGGCUUGUAGUGGUUUUCCUACAUCAGUACCCACUCUGACCCCAAAUCCUUCGAACUUAUCUUUAUCAUUUUCCCUUUCUCCCUAACGCUCUAUUGUGUGUUUUCUGUAUGUAGCAUUUAGUGAAUAUGCAACGACAUGUAAUUCUCAAGACGUUUAAUCAGGAUAACCUAUAAAUCUGAAAUUACUUUUGUGGGAUCUUCUUCUUUGUUUAUAAUUAAAAGAUUUAACGUGCAAAAUAGAAUACCCACGGAUCUUAGUUUAACUGACCGCGCAUAACAACUGUUGGGUUGUAAACAAACAUAAAGUAGCAUUUGAAAAGUAGGAUGUUCUCACUUCACUUCUACCUAAGUACGUUUUGGUUGUUCUUAUAUGAAACCUUUGGUGUGCUUUACACGCUCGUCAGCGUUGUAUAUUGUUCACUUCACCCGUCGUAAUGGGCGAUAGUCUGCGUCAUCGGAUUUUUGUUGGUUAGUUAUGGAAAGUAUUUGAUUUAUUCUUGUAUUAGGUGCAGAUACUUGCAUAGAAAACUAAGCUGCAGGUGGAGUUGAUCAUAUCUCUCAGAAUUAAUGCAAGCUCAAAGAUUGCCUUAACGAUACUGACGACCGUUAAACGGUUGAUCGUUGACGCAACCAAUAGUUUAUGUCGUUUUUCCUUGACUUGUCGCGUGCAGUUGGCCCGGAAUGACACAGUUAAUUUAUAGAGACAACACAUCUUAUCUUGCUCAGACAUAUGAGCACCUACAACGAGUUCUCAUUGACCUAUAACUUUUUGAGUAAAGACCUUUGGUGUCUUUAUGCCGUUUUUUUUAAUUCUUGGGUAGUAACAUCGUAUAAUAAUUGCUUUGAAAUGCUUCCGCUCAACAUAUACACAGUGAUCCAUUUUUAUAUUUGUUUUCACAAUCUAUGCUUGUGAGUCACUUACUUGACGUCAGUAUCCUUUUUCCAUACAUUGCGCCUCGUCUUUGUACUUUCCAAUGAUAGCUAAGAUAGAAUUAGUUUGGUUUAAUUGAUGAGCAUCUGUAUUUCCUCCGUGGUUUCGCUUUAAAUAACAACCUUCCCAGUGUCAUAGUUCCAUUUUUAUUUAAAAGAGAUACUUUGUCUUUUGAGGACCUACCUAAAUUUGAAUAUUCAGGCUGCUGUUGCGUCAGUGUUUUCAAUGUUUCACGAAAUUGUGAUUGCUAAGACUUCAUCACGGCAACCGUCGUAGAAAGCAUAGGUCAGUAUGUUCAACAGAUGGCUAACCUGUGUGUUAUCUGUUUUACUUAUGGUGAUGAUUUAUCAGUUGUUUGCGAAUCCAAAAUCGAAGAGGCCCUUGAUCCACUGCAUAUCUAUUUUAUGCGCGAUAGUUAGUGUACAGACCUUGGCAACCGCACACUCUAAUACCUUGUUGUCACAUAGUUUAUUAUAAGCGCACAUUUUUUGACCAUCAAGGAGAGUUUCAUCGGUUGUACAUACUACUUCUAUUGGGGAAAUUUAUCUAACCAACUGUUCACCUAAGGUCAGAAAACAAGGCGCAGAGAAUUAUUUCGAAGUUUAAAAGCCAUAUUUUAUCACAUCAUUUACAACUGUGUUACCUAAGAUCGAUUUGUUGUCGAUAAUGCAAACUUGUACGCCACCUUUAAAUUGUUGGGACAUAUAUAUGCACCUUUUUGAUCAUGAGCAACUCCGAAAUUCUGCAUUGGCCCAGAAUAUCCAAAGACUUUGCCCAUUUGUUGAAGUCGGUAUGUAGGACAUUUAGAUUUCACUAUAUUGUUUAGGAGUCAUAAAGCAAUUCGAGUGGUUUCGUGGUAUAUGUGAACCCCAGACCUCGUCUUCGGUAGAAAUCAGCGUACUAGUUUAAGAUCAGACAGUCUACUGGGAUAUUCGGCAGCUUAUUUUCAGUGAUGCUGGUCGGAGUGUUUUUGAUAAUGAUAUCAGACACGUCAGUUUUCUCAUUUCUUGAAAAAUUCAGAUGCCUUAUAAGUUUCGUAAAAUACUUCUCUUAUUCUACAUCUUCGAAAAGAAUUGGUUGUCCUUUCCAGCAUUAAACUUUGCUUUGCUUGCAGAUUUCCGUCGGCAUUGCAUCAGCGCUUUGAAUUGUUCUUCCUUGUAAGUAGUUGGCUUGUUUCUGCAGACUUCGGGAUUAAAAUGUGUGGGUUCUGGUGAUUGUUAACCAUGACUUGCAAAAGUUCCGAAAACGCUUGAGUCGACACUCCGGUAUUUGAAUUUUCUGCGACGGCAGCGUUGUUUCGUCUGAUCCAAGCAUUGACAAAGUUCAUUUUUGACGCCCAUCGCGGACCGUCUUAACGGUUACGUAUUCCUCGAUUACCCUUCUCUUGGAGCUUCACCUCAUUUUCUCAACUUCCUGGUUUAUGUCUCAAUUAUCGACAGGACUGGUUUUUUCUGAGUUUCUUCUUUACUUUGAGUACUUGCUAGAGUUUUUUGGAGAGUAAGCUGCACAUUCUCGCUGCUUGCCAAUUCCUAACGUAGAUUUAAAAGGGGAGAAUAAGUCAUCCUUCACUACUUUUCGUAUCAUCGCAGUUGGCUAUUUUCAGAGUGUAAACAUCCACGAGGGUGAGCGACUAUUUGUUGCAAAUUAGUGGCCUCUCUGGAAUGAUUCAGUUGAUGAUCUCAUAAAAAAGACGCAUUUCUUAAAAGUCAUUCUGAGAUGACGAAGAAGACCUUAAGACCAUUUCGUUUUUCCUUACGGCGGCUGCUCCAGAAGAAAAUUUAUUCUGCAUUAACUUUGCUCGACCGUUCCUAUUCUGACAAAAGCAGGCGCCUUCGGAAACAGUGAUAUCCAUGUUACAUCAGGUAAUAUCUCGGAUAAUGGGAGCAGUUCCUCUUAGUGGACGCUCCAGGUUUUCAGCAUGAGGGGAGCCACUCUGUAUAGACACUCUCGGACGUCUUUGUGAUCUCCAACAACCGUAAUUAGCUGGGUACGGAUAGUGCGUCACUAGAGUUUGAGGUACAUUUUCCAGCUCCUGUGACAUGCGUGGGUAAAUGGUACUUAUCUGAGCAAGACUGCACUGAAACCCAGACGGCUCCCCAAACUCACUUUGGUCCGCCAUGUUUAAUGGAAUGCGUGUCGCACUCUGCAGGAUUUGUAUAGUCAGGGAUGAGAGGGAUUAAUGGUGCUAGAACCAAGGUCGAAUGAUUGACAAAGACGUCUUACGUGAUACCUAGAUUGCAACCGAAAACUUUCAUAGCAACAAUCCUGUUCCCUUGGCCUAAUCCCACUUUGAUCUAGUGUCGGACUUGCGUCAAAACGAUUUGCAUUGAAUCAAAAAGCAGUGGCCAACUUCGCUCACAUCCACCGCUCUUACGUACUUCGGUUUUAUCGGUUCCUGCCUGCAGACUGAAAUAGACUUGACCAGGUGAGAGACAUGUUGGGCUUCUGAACGAGCCUCUAUCCGGCUGCUUGCAAAAACUACACCUCGUAAAACAUGACUACUCAAGUAGUACGCAUUCUCCCAUUAGCUGCCAACGUCAUUCUAUUAUAUUUCAUAGGAAACAUGCAGGAAAUGUUUUCUGUUGUGCUCUCUCGAUAGCAAAUUACUUAUUCUUAAAGCUGCGUACUUGAAGAAGACGCACCUUUCAAUUCUGAAAAAACUUGAACAGUUUCGAACCUGGCUUACCAUCGCACUUUUAUUCAAGUUGUCCUAACUACAAGUUGUAAGUCCUCCCUGUAAGGAAAAGCGCAUAUUUAUAUAUGUUGUUAAGACGACGUCGGAUAGGUCUCGUAAAACUUUGCAGCGGAUAUGAAUCCGGUUGUGUCUUCAUCAACAGCAUUAUUAAAAAGAUUAAUACAGUGCAUUAUGGGUAGACGUUUCACGGUUUCAAAAUAUUCAUAAUUAGGAACUAGUUUGAAAUCGACGAUAACCUUUCUUCGGUUAUAAAAUUUGAAAGUAUAAUUUGCUACCAAAUGUGCUCAAGAAAAAAUAUCUUUCGCCCAUCUUUCACGAUACAUAUUCAAAUGCAUAGGGGCAUUAAAAUCGAUGGGAUAAUGCAUGAUAAUUAAGCAGUCAUUUUCUAUGGAGUGCAGCUUUGGCAAGCGACCAAAAAGAGCUCAUCCGAAAGCCAGCAUCCUUACGUGACUGAAACAUCUUAUGAUUAUGCUGUGCAACAGUCUUUUCAAAUCGAGGUCCCAUUUCAGAAUUCCGGUUAGCAUUUCCUGGGCUAGCACAGUAGAAGAAGGCGUGUGCGAACAAGUCUUAAAAUGAGCACGUCCUUUUUAAGGCAAAAUAAGAGGAGGACACCGAAGAAUGAAAGGUAGGAUUCAGGCAGCUACAAGUUGUUAGAUUAAAAGCUGAGGGCUAGGAUGGGUACGUAGACGUCAAAGGCAAUAAAUAAGUUAGCGAAAUUUAUUAAAAAAGAGUUUCGACACGGGGAGGAGUUAAUGCCUAAAGAUUGACGUCUGUCUUAAAACAGCAUUUUUUUCAAAUAUGUAUAGUCUUUUUCUCAUUUAAGCACCUCAUUUUCCGUCAUCUCAAGAUGCCGCAGUAAAUUGUCAUCCAUCCUAAAUAAGGCGAAACUUCAAAUCUUUCAUCUACCACGGAUGAUAAAACAUAAAUCUUUGUUGAAUUAUUUCAAUUUCCCCAUGCACAAAUCUAAUAGGGAGUGAAACUCAUUCGAGUCACUGAGAAUUACCGGUUUGCGAUUUCUCACCGAAAGAGCAGUGCAUCCAAUUGACGCCGUUGAACCAAACAACACAGUAAUCCACAUAGUUACUCCUACCACAGAAUCGAUAUGGUUUUUGUCCUUUUAUCCUAUCCUCCAUGACUUUCCCAGUUCCCACAUCACUCUCUUUUUUGGGUUGUUGGUGUAGAUUUGCGCAAUUGACAUCGAUUUAUUAACACCGACCGCGAACUUUCGGAGAUAUGCUCUAUCCUGACACAAAAUGUACAGCUGAACGAUUUGGAUUGGUAACGAACAUAAAGCUUUGCCUCCGGUAGCUUUGGUAUAUCAUGUGAUACGCAAUCAACACAAGUGAGGAUUAAAAAGCGCCCCUCAAUUGCUUGAAUUAUUAAAGAAUCAAAUUUUUUCCGAUAUAAAAAAGACAUACAGUACUCGAUGACCUAAAAAAUGGCCGAAAAUCGUAAACAAACAGCCCCGAAUACCCACUGCUAUUGUACUUUCACUGAAGAUUCCGCUUUAGCUGUGACCUAUAGUCCAAAUUAGUUUGAAACACGUUGAUCGAAUUGCCGAGUAAUACAAAAAAUAGGACGCGUAAACAUGAUCGGAAAUUUGCGUAAAAGGCAUGGUUCACGAAAACCAGGUCUGCAUGCUCAUUUGCAGAUGCACAGAAGUUCGUCCAGAAGUGGUCGGAAAGCGCCAUCGAGGCAAGACGCGUUGCCUGACAGUAACCCUGUUACUCGCAUAAAAAUAGAAUUCAGCAGGAAACAGAGGCAAGAGCUGCGACAAGCCUUUGAUUUGAUGGACGUCAAGGGCAAAGGCUCCAUUGAUAUCGCAGAUAUUCAGCUUCCCCUGAGGGCACUGGGUUUCCAUCCAUCCCGGGAUGAACUGCGCGCUCUUUGCUCAAAAUAUGAUCCGGAUAAGAAAGGUUAGACCCCAGGUUCGCCCAUUGUUUUCUACCUGGCUUAUUUACUGGUAUAUAAAAAAUAACGUUGAAAUCUACUUGUAGUUACACUUCGAGCUGUGAAUUUAAAUUUCUUUCUUUGCCAGAACAUUUUGGUUAUAAAAGCGUAUAAGCUGUCUUAUUAGAAAGAAGUCUGGAACCCUUGAUUGCAUGCGAUGAAUUAUCAAUGAAAGGAAACAAUCAGAGGUAAGGAUAGGGUAUGUAACCCCCCCUGGAUGGUUGUUCAAAAAUUCACCUUCUCGUCUGAUUUGGCAGAUGUGGUUCAUAACGGUUUGCCUGACAAUCGGUGGCGAAGGGGGUUAUGCGGUGCGCGGAUUCUCAUCUUCACUAGCGUCAACGGCUUUAAGGGUGCCCAUAUAAGGCUCAAAGUUAGGAUUAGGGCUACGUUUAAGGUUAGGAUUAGUGUUGGAUUUGGGGCUAUUUUUAGAGCUAGUGUUACCAGGCUGGGACUGGUAUUGGGGUUCUAGUUUAGGGUUAAAGCUUUAGGGUUAAGGUUGGAGUUUAAGGAUUAGGGUUAGUGGGCUAAGAUUAGCCUCAGGGUAUAAAACUUAGGCUAGGGUUACGGCCGCGUCCAUUUUUGACUUAAAUAUUUACGCCUUAAUAGUUAGGGUCGUCCAGUACAGGAGCAACUAAACGCAAAUGAGCAGUUUGGUAUAAUUCAUCAGUUCUCAGACCUCGCGAGAACUCAGCUGACUAAGAAGGGACAAUGGGCGGACGGUUCUGAAUGCCGAUCUGCUGACCCCGAUCGCUGCUGGCGCUCCGGAAUAAGGCAGGAAAUUCAGCGUCGUGUGCACACAGAUAAUGGCGAAGACACUAGAAGACAGAGCGAAAGCGUCAUAUCUACGUUCGAGUAGGAUAUUCACGCCCAUCGAGCGCACUGCUGGAUUUUGCGACCGCACCUCCAGGUGAGAAAAUACGCAGUGAACAUGUUGGGAGGGACUGCGAAAGGCUGCUUAUUUGUUAUUUUAACUUUGUUGACUGUGGUUCUGAGCUCCUGCGCGGGCACAAAAGCCCAGACAAUUCCGGCGACUGUUCGGGGAAUUGUAUACUCUUCUUUAGAAUUACACCCAUGCGGAAGCUUCACUUGGCGAUGGCAUCACAGUAAGGUCGUCGCGUGGGUCUAACGCGUUUGCCUCUAGACAUGAGCGAUAAGCGCAGCGUAAGUUCAACUGCAGGAAAUCCCCCCCCCCUCCUCCCCCCACAUACAGCACAGUCCAUUACAGGUUUGUUUUCUAGUGCAGAUACUCAAUCAGGCUGUCAUUCGAUCGAGUUGUUUGACACCGCUGCCGGGAACAGUAGUUGCAUUUAGAUAUGGAGUCCCAGAUACACCUUAAUCUGUAUUCAGCUAGCUGAUAGCAGUCCUGUCUGGAUCCUUGCUGUCGGUAGCACCGGCAUUAACCACGUCCUUUCGCUCAGUCUUCGCGGCACUUCUCCGAACCCGUGUACAUGGGUUCACAUGUUUCUCAGGUUGUGUGAUUAUUCGGUCUCCCAUGGUUUCCGCAUAAACUAAGUCAAAGCUGUGUUAAUGCAAUGCAGUGUUUCACAAUCGUCGAUAGAUUCCCCCUUCUCUCUGGUAGUGAUGCACACGUCUGCAGUUGUCUAUUCAUUUUGUUCUGCAAAACAUGUGGUAGUCAGGCAGACGGUACCCAUAUUAACGUCUCCAAGUAAUGCAUUCUGCGGAAUUACACGACCUCCUGCUUAGAUCCUAUCGAUUUUGCUGAUAAAAGGGUGUCAAAUUCUAUUCAGAAAGAAUAGCCGUGUCUCUUUUAUUUAUAUCCUGAACGGGGAAUGCUGUUUGACAAAUUAAGCAAUUUUCUCUAUUUAGUAUGCUCUUUAGGAACAUUCGGAGAAUCUGUCAAAUAGCCGUUUUGAAGUGACAGUCUUGAGCUCUCAGUCGCAAUCCAGAUUCACUUUAUUACCCUUUGUUGAUCUUACUGGUUUGUCUCGCACUUUUAAGGUACGAUUGACUUUAGCGGGUUCCUUACGCUACUGUCGAACAAAAUGCUGGAGGAAGAUGCUAAGGAGGACCUCGUGAGAGCUUUUCGCCUAUUUGACAUCAAAGACCGCGGCUACAUCACAUUCCAGGACCUCAGAAAGGUCAGCAAAACCUUGGAUGAAGACCUCCACGAUGAGGACUUGCAGGUAAGGGCUCAACUGGUUCCUUUGAAUUUCGUUUCUCCAUGCCGUUAGGUGUCUGAUUUUGAAAAGCACUGCCCCCAGCCUGGUUGAAAUCAGUUAGUAAACUUUUUAGCAAAUAUCACUAACCACAAAUAACUGUUCUUAUAUAUACAUCUUCCCAUCCAAAUUGAUUUUUUGUUUAUUUUUGCGUCAGUCACAUUUCGACUUUUUCACUUCAUUCAUAUUCGCUAUAGAAUUUGUAAUUCAAAGAACUUUUCUGAGUGUUAAGCAUACAGCCCACUGUACGCAAGUCGUUAGGUACAGUAGGUGGGCAAACUCAUGAAAUGUCAGCCGAAAUUCCGAAGUGCGUUUUCGUUUCGAAAAAAUUAAUUAAGAGGGGUUGUAAAACUAGUCAGCCUGCAACCUAAUUUUAUAAUAUUUCAGUUACCUCAUGAUGCGUGCUUUUGAAUGGACUUCUUAUCGGCUGUAUGCAAAACCUUCCCUCUGUAAAAAAUGACUACUUGUGUAGCAUGAAUUUUUCCCAUUAAUUUUCGAUGCCCCUGAAAGGCAAAUUGUAUUUCUUGGAAAACAUACAUAAAAAUAUUCAUUCUUUUGCGCAUUCGGUAGAUAAUUACGUUUUCUUAUAAUUUUACUCGAAGGAAGGGUAUAAUUCGGUUUUCAAAAACUUUUUAAGUCACGAAUAAUUUUGAACCCGCUCUACUGCUACACUUCGAUUCAGGGUUUCCAAACUGCAAGCCGUAUAUUUUCCGCGUACGGAAAACCACACAUUUCUCUGCGGUAGUAAAGGCGGGCCAUAUAGGGUUCAUAAAAUUUAGGCAGUGGAUUUGAUCCAUAUUAUUAAAUUUACAGGCCACAUUGGUAAAUGCAGAGACAUUGCGAUUUAUGAACAGCCAUUUCAUGGUAUUUAAAAGUCCCACAAUUAGAAAUUUUUUAAAACCGAAUUAUUUCCCUCCUUCGAGUAUAAAAUUAAAAGAAGACGUAAUUGCGUACCGAAAGAAUAGAAGAAUGAAUAUUUUAUACAUGUUGUCCAUGAAAUACAAUUGAACAUUUAGGUGCAUCGAAAAUCAAUGAGAAAAAUUCAUGCUACUUAAGUAGUCAUUUUUACGAAGUAUAGUUUUUGCAUGCAGCCGAAAAGAAGUCCAUUCGAAAGCCGGCAUCAUGAGGCAACUGAUAUCUUAUAGAAUUAUGCUGCUCGAUGGUUAUUUUUACAACCCUACCUAAUUAAUGUUUUCGAAACGAAAACGCAUUUAGGAAUUUCGGUUGACAUUUCAUGAUUUAGCCAACCUACUGUACACCCAGAAGAAAGCCAAUUGCUGAAGUUGCAUUUUUUAUAUCCUAAGUGGGGUGGGAGCGACGACGACGCUCGCUGGGCUGCCCUGACAGCAGAGCAGGACAUAGCGGCUGCGGUUUUGCUCCAGGACUCCGGCCUGCAGCCCACGUCGGCGUUGGCAUAGUAACCAGCAGUUCAGCCAUCUUUCUGAAUCUCAUAAGAGGAAAGAUAGCCUUUCGUAGCAAUAUGGACACUACUCCCAUGCGCGCCGCUCGUGUCGACAAGAUUAUAUGUUCUCCACAGCCAAGUUGUUUCAAAUGGCUGUUUCAUUUGUCUACCAGAUCAGAUUCCUUUAAAGUGGCCCUGAUUACAGGUACAUGAGAGCGAAAACGGCAACAUUGGCUAUGACGAUGACGAACAUGGUUUUUAUCCCACAAUUUAUCCCCUCCUUAUCUUCUCCCCAACACCAGAAUUGUUAUUUCGUCUGAUGACAGUCGCCAUUUUUUGCUAAUGCAGAUACACCCCCCCCCCUUGUUCUUUAAAGGAAAUGAUCGAGAAAGCGGACCGCAAUGGUGACGGGGUUGUUGACGAGGAAGAGUUCAUGCAGAUGAUUUGGAGUUCAGCCUUGUAUUAA